AUGGCCCAUUCGGAGUUUCAUUUCGAACCGUUCGAGCCACUUCGCGAGGGCAUGCAUGAGACGUCACAUCAUGGUACAGCAAAGAUACUGAUGCUUCAUGGCCAUGGGCAGUCGGGCAAGAAUUUCUAUUACAAAACGAAGCAUUUUGUCGGUCCUCUUCAACAACUUGCCCUGCAGGAGAAAUUUUCAGGUGAUGUGGAGCUGUUCUACCCAGAUGGUCCUUGGCCUGCUCCUGGAGGUGAGGAAUUGGAUGUCCGGGCAUGGGGUUUCGGUGAUUUUGAACACGGUUUGAUUAAAGGCUUGGAUAUAUCCAUCCUGAAGAUUUUAGACAUACUAGAUCUGUACGGGCCUUUCAGCGGGGUAAUGGGAUUCUCAACCGGGGCGGCUGUUGCCGCAAUUAUUGCUUCUAUAUUGGAGCGGCACGAACGGAUCCAGAUGUUCAUCGGGGACACAUCCACGAAGGCAAGCUAG